GUUGGCGACGUUUAACCCGGAAGUAAGCGGUCAUAACAGAAGGAAAGAGAGCAGUGUGCUGAAUAGCCUGACUGCUAUUACCAAUCAUGACGUCCCUGGGGUCCAGCAGUCAGUCUGUCACAGAGUAUGUUGUACGGGUUCCCAGGAACCCAAGUAAAAGAUAUAAUCUCAUGGCUUUCAAUGCCGCAGAUAAAGUGGAUUUCUCAACGUGGAACCAGGCUCGGAUGGAACGGGACCUGAGCGCUAAGAAGAUGUUUCAGGAUGAGGAAACACCGGACUCUGGGGCUGGGAGUGAGUUUAAUCGCAAACAGAGAGAGGAAGCCAGGAGGAAAAAGUAUGGCAUCAUUCUGAAGGAGUUUAAGCUUGAAGACCAACCCUGGGUGCUAAGGGUCAAUGGCAAAGCUGGACGCAAGUAUAAAGGAGUGAAGAAAGGCGGAGUGACGGAGAACGCCUCCUACUUCAUCUUCACUCAGUGCCCAGAUGGUGCCUUUGAGGCAUUUCCAGUCUCCAACUGGUACAACUUCACCCCUGUGGCCAAGCACCGCACUUUGACUGCCGAGGAGGCUGAGCAGGAAUGGGAGAGACGAAACAAGAUCCUUAACCAUUUCACUAUAAUGCAACAGCGUCGCCUUAAGGACCAGGGGGGAGAUGAUGAUGAUGACGAGGAUGGGGGCAAGCAGGACAAGGGCGGGAAGGGCAAGAAGAAGAAGAAAAAAAAUGACCUGAAAAUCCAUGACCUUGAGGAUGAUCUUGAAUUGAGUACUAGUGAGAGCGAGGGGAGUGGAGAGGAUGGUGAGGGCGGGCCUAAAGCCCAAAAGAAGUCUGCUGCGGGCAAGAAGAAGAAGGGGAAGAAAUCUGAGGACGAGCCCCUGGAGGACAGUGAUGAUGGCGACUUUGAGGGACAAGAAGUGGAUUAUAUGUCUGAUGAGAGCAGCUCAGACGAUGAACAUCCUGAGAAGCCAAAGCCCACAAAGGAGGAGGAGCAUCCUAAAGGAAUUGACGAAGGCAGCGAGAGCAGUGAGGAAAGUGAAGAGGAGAAGGUAGAGGAGGAAGAAGAGGAAGAGGAGAAGAAAGCCCCCACGCCUCAGGAGCGGAAGAAGAAGAGAGACAGCAGCGAUGAGUCGGAUACAUCUGAGGACAGUGACAUAGACGGAGAGGCUUCCUCUGCUCUCUUCAUGCAGAAAAAGAAGACCCCUCCAAAGAAGGAUAAGAAAGGGGGCUCCAAUAGCAGCUCCCGUGGUAACAGCCGGCCCGGGACUCCCUCCCCUGAUUCGGGUAACACCUCUAACACUCUCAAAGCAGCUGCCAGCAAACUGGAGCAAGGUAAACGUGGAGCUGUCUCUCACACUCCGGCUGCAAAACGUUUGAAAAUGGAUUCUGGGCCUCAGAACGCAUCGGGAAAAUCUACCCCGCAGCCACAGUCUGGCAAAUCUACACCGUGCAGCGGGGACAUACAGCUGACCGAGGAGGCCGUACGACGGUACCUGACCCGCAAGCCCAUGACAACCAAGGACCUGCUGAAGAAGUUCCAGACCAAGAAGACGGGUCUUAGCAGUGAGCAGACUGUAAAUGUGCUAGCCCAGAUUCUGAAGAGACUUAAUCCCGACCGCAAGACCAUACAUGACAAAAUGCACUUCUACCUAAAGGAAUGACCCCGGGUGCUGCCGUAGUGACUGUAAAUACGAGCCCUGCACACAACACCCAUCGGACCUCCACCUGUAGAGGCUCUGGGGGUAAACGUGUCAUCACAGGGGGCUCAGUGGAAGCCGCUGUCUGGGGACCUGUGAAUGGCGCUCAGUUGUGUCACGGGUAUGUGAGAUUUCGUAUUUUUGUUUUUGGUUUGAGAAAAAACAAACCUUCCGAGUGUUACAGUAUUUAAAUGGUAUUUGUUUUCUUAUUCGAGGAGCGAUGACUAUUAAAAAUGAAAAAUUUGUUUUUAA